AUGCCGGUCAUGAAGGGGUUGCUGGCCCCGCAAAACACCUUCCUGGACACCAUCGCCACCCGCUUCGACGGCACGCAUAGCAAUUUCCUGCUGGCCAAUGCACAGGGUCCACAGGGCUUUCCCAUCGUGUACUGCUCUGACGGCUUUUGCGAGCUCACAGGCUACGGCCGCACCGAGGUCAUGCAGAAAACCUGCAGCUGCCGUUUCCUCUAUGGCCCAGAGACCAGUGAGCCAGCCCUGCAGAGGCUGCACAAGGCCUUGGAGGGCCAUCAGGAGCACAGGGCUGAAAUCUGCUUCUACCGCAAAGAUGGCUCUGCCUUCUGGUGCCUCCUGGACAUGAUGCCCAUCAAGAAUGAGAUGGGGGAGGUCGUGCUCUUCCUCUUUUCCUUCAAGGACAUCACUCAGAGUGGAGGUCCCGGACUUGGCCCCCCAGGAGGCCAUGGAGACAGUAAUCAUGAAAACUCCCUUGGCAGGAGGGGAGCCAGCUCGAGGCUUCGAUCCGCCAGGAGGCAGAGCCGAACUGUUCUACGCCGACUGACUGGCCACUUUGGCCGGCGGGGCCAAGAAAGCACGAAAACCAAUAACAACGUGUUUGAACCAAAGCCAUCAGUGCCUGAAUACAAGGUGGCCUCCGUGGGGGGGUCCCGCUGCCUCCUCCUCCACUACAGCGUCCCCAAGGCUGUUUGGGACGGCCUGAUCCUCCUCGCCACCUUCUACGUUGCGGUCACUGUCCCUUACAACGUCUGCUUCCUGGGCGAUGACGACACCCCCAUCACUUCCCGGCACACCCUCGUCAGCGACAUCGCCGUGGAGAUGCUGUUCAUCCUGGAUAUCAUCCUGAACUUCCGCACCACCUACGUGUCCCAGUCCGGCCAGGUGAUCUCUGCUCCUCGGUCCAUUGGCCUCCACUACUUGGCCACCUGGUUCUUCAUCGACCUGAUUGCCGCUCUGCCCUUUGACUUGCUGUACGUCUUCAACAUCACCGUGACGUCGCUGGUGCACCUGCUGAAGACAGUGCGACUGUUGCGGCUGCUGCGGCUGCUACAGAAGCUGGAGCGCUACUCCCAGUGCAGCGCUGUGGUGCUCACGCUGCUCAUGUCCGUCUUCGCGCUCCUGGCCCACUGGAUGGCCUGCGUGUGGUAUGUCAUCGGGCGCCAGGAGAUGGAGGCCAAUGACCCGCUGCUCUGGGACAUCGGCUGGUUGCAUGAGCUGGGCAAGCGGCUGGAGGUGCCCUACGUGAACGGCUCGGCGGGCGGCCCCUCGCGGCGCAGCGCUUACAUCGCCGCCCUGUACUUCACACUGAGCAGCCUCACCAGUGUGGGCUUCGGCAACGUGUGCGCGAACACCGACGCAGAAAAGAUCUUCUCCAUCUGCACGAUGCUCAUAGGCGCGCUGAUGCACGCAGUGGUGUUCGGGAACGUGACAGCCAUCAUCCAGCGCAUGUACUCGCGGCGUUCGCUCUACCACAGCCGCAUGAAGGACCUCAAGGACUUCAUCCGCGUGCAUCGCCUGCCGCGGCCGCUCAAGCAGCGCAUGCUCGAGUACUUCCAGACCACGUGGGCGGUCAACAGCGGCAUAGACGCCAACGAGCUGCUGCGCGACUUCCCCGAUGAGCUGAGGGCGGACAUCGCCAUGCACCUCAACCGGGAGAUCUUGCAGCUGCCCCUGUUUGGAGCGGCGAGCCGGGGCUGCCUGCGGGCCCUCUCCCUGCAUAUCAAGACCUCGUUCUGUGCUCCGGGAGAGUACCUGUUACGCCGUGGGGACGCCCUGCAGUCUCACUACUACGUCUGCUCCGGCUCACUUGAGGUGCUGCGAGACAACAUGGUGCUGGCCAUCCUGGGGAAGGGAGACCUGAUUGGAGCAGAGCUGCCUGAGCCCGGGCAGGAGCCUGGGUCAGGGGGAGGCCCAAGCUACGUGCUGAAGACCAGCGCCGACGUGAAGGCGCUGACCUACUGUGGCCUGCAGCAGCUGAGCAGCAGGGGGCUGGCGGAGGUCCUGAGGCUCUAUCCUGAGUAUGGGGCUGCCUUCCGGGCCGGCCUAUCCCGGGACCUCACUUUCAACCUGCGCCAGGGCUCUGACGCCAAUGGCCUCGGCCGCUUUUCCCGGUCCCCUCGCCUCUCCCAGCCCCGUUCAGAAAGCCUGGGCUCCUCGUCAGACAAGACCCUGCCGUCCAUCACAGAGACCGAGGCCGUGGCAGAGCCUGCGGGGGGUCCCAGGCCCCGCCGGCCCCUCCUGCUGCCCAACCUCAGCCCAGCUCGUCCCCGGGGCUCCCUGGUCAGCCUUUUGGGAGAGGAGUUGCCCCCAUUCUCAGCCCUUGUCUCCUCCCCUUCCCUGUCUCCAUCUCCUUCCCCUGCCCCGGCUGGCCGGGGUCACAGCCCCUCCCCUCAUGCCCCCCCCAGGGGCUCUGCCACCUGGAAACCCCCCCAGCUUCUUAUUCCCCCACUGGGAACCUUCGGACCUCUGGACCUCAGCCCCCGGAUAGUGGAUGGCAUUGAGGACUCUGGCAGCACAGCAGAGGCCCCCACUUUCCGGUUCAGCAGGAGGCCUGAGCAGCCCAGGCCCCGCAUGCAGGCACCUCCUGCAGGAACCACACCGAGUGAGGAGCUGGCUUCUGAGGCCGAGGAGGUGAAGGAAAAGGUCUGCAGGCUGAACCAGGAGAUCUCCCGUCUCAACCAGGAAGUAUCUCAGCUGAGCCGGGAGCUUCGACACAUGAUGGGCCUGCUGCAGGCCAGGCUGGGGCCCCCAGGCCACACAGCCUCAUCUUGGCCCCCGCACCCUCCGUGCCCCCAGCAGAGGCCUCCAGGGAUGCCUCCCUGUCUGUCCAGACCACCACCUGCCCUCCAGGAUACUACUCUCGCUGAGGUCCACUGCCCAGCUGGUGUGGGGACAGUAGAGAUGGGGGCUGCCCCCCCUGAUCUGAGACCCUCCAUGCUGUCCCCCUACCCCUCAGAGCCUGACCCUCCGGGGCCCUCCCCAGUGCCAGAGGCCUCACCCUCAACCCCAAGCUGCAUGAGGCACAGCUUUCGGUCCAGGUCUGACACAUUCCACUGACCCUGGCCCUGGGCCCAGGCCUGUCUCAGGUGGACAUUGCCGCCUGCCACCCUGGGAGGGGCCGGGCCCCUGGGCCUCCUGCCUCCGGUCAGCAGCCAUCAGCUGGUCUGGUUGGCUCUGGAUUCUCUGGACUUUUUAACAAAGCCUGGUCACUUCUGACACUGUCCCUUCUCCAAACCUCCCCCGUCCUCCUCUGUGAGGAGAGCCACUUGAGGCCGUGGAAUCCAACAGGCAUGAGACUGAACGCAGCGCCCCUCAGGCUGGGCAGAUGAGAUGUCCUGCUUUCUACCCAGGACCUGGAGGCAGGCUGUCAUUGAAGGUGGUCUCUUCUGUUGCCAGCAACUUGAAACAGUCCCAGUAUCACCCCCGAUCCUUCCCACACCCCCAGACCUCAGCCUGUUCUCUCCACUUUCCAACGUGGUCUCCCUCAGGGCCCUGACUCCUUGCACACUCGCCCUGGUCUCCAGCUCUCCUUUACCACCCAACACUCUGGACUCACUUUUGGA